AUGAUGGAUCGGUCACAACAUUACAACAGCGUGUUAACUUCGACGCGCCUGCACACAUCGACAACUGGCGGUGCGGAUGGGAGUCGUUUUGGCUCUGUGAGCCUUCGCUCCCCGGGUCGCCAUGCAACGCCGCGGGCUGAUUUUGGUAGCAAGAGCUACUCGGCCUACAACAGCCGUCGUGAGGACCCCCAUGCUUCCGUCUUGAGCCUGGCCGAAACGGAUCGCCGUGUCCAGCUCGCCCGUCGCGAAGCUGAGAUUAGCCGUCGUGAGGCAGAGUUGAGCCGCCGGGUGUUUGAGGACUCACUGGCACGGGAUCGCUACACAUCACGCUUGGCCGAGGUGGAGGACCGCCUUCUCCACACUUCUUUGCACGAGUCGCGUCUGGCCGAGGAGCUGGCACGCAGCACCAGCCGCACUCUGGCUCGAGAAGUGGGCUAUUUGCGCGAUGACCUCAACGAGUCUCGGCAUCGGGAGGAAGAAACCAUCGACGCCCUGGAGCGCAGUCGCGGCGAGGUUGAGACGGCCUUGGCCAGCUCCCGUCGGGCUCAAGACACCGCCCACGCCCAAUCAGAGGAGGCCGGUUCCCUCCAGCGCCAGCUGCAAGCUGCUCUGCGUGACUACCGCAAACAAGAGGAAACACUGCGCGAGAAGAAUGAAUACAUUCGCGAGAUGGAGCACGAGCUGCAAGCCAGCCGCGUUCAACUCAAGCGACACACCGAGGCCCUUGAUCAGCUGCACGAUGAAAUCCAAGACCUGAUUCGCGAGCGCGAUCGCCUCAAAUCGGACCUCAACGAACUUGAAGAGCGUCACAUCCAGCGCAAUGAGGACCUUCGUCGCGUGGACGAGCAGCUCGAUCGCGCUCGGGCUCGCACGACAGAGGUUGAGAACGAGGCUCAGUUUCGUCUUGACAAGGCAGCGCAGGAGCGCAACGCGCUUCAGCAGGACAUUGAGGGCCUUAGGGGCGUUGUGCAGUCGCGUGACGAAGAGAUUGCCUACGGUCGCAAACGAGUCAACGAGCUUGAAGGCUACAUUAACCAGCUGCGCCGAGACAUUCAAGCUCGCGAUGAUAAGCUGGAUCAACGCUACUCUGAAGUUCAGCAGUGGACCAGCGAGUGUGACCGCUUGCGGCGGGAUGUCGAAAACGCUCGCUCCCACCAGCAGGAAGCCGCCGCCGAACAUCAAGAGGCCAUGAAACGUGAGAAGCUUUUGGUCCAGGACCUUCGCUCACAACUCUCGGCCAUGGAAACCGAAAAGAGCAUUGCCGUGGCAGCCAAGACAGACCUCAUUCAAGACGUAGCCCGCCUGCAGCGGCAGCUUGAGGAGAAAGAUGAUCAAUUGCGUCGCAUGACCCGUGCCCUAGAGGAGAAGGAUCAGUAUCUGGCAGAAGCGGCGCCAUUUGUACGCGAAGCCCAACGCCACCAGCAAGGCUAUGGCUCAUCAGCUCAGGCCGCGCCGACCAAGAGCCGCAAGAGCGGUGGCCGACUUAUCGCCAAUACCGUGCAGCCCACGCUCAACCUCGGAAAGUCCAAGUGGCGCUAUUAA